AUGUUGCCGGAAGCUUUGAUAAAAAUUAUUCUACUCAGCGGUAAAGGUGGUAGUGGUGUUGGUGUUGGAGGAGGAGGAGAAGGCAGAUGGCGCUCAAGAGUGUGGACACCAAUGGGGGGAGGGGGAGAUGAUAAUGGAUCAGGAUGUAGGCCUGUGGGGAACGAAAAGGCUGGCGUCCUGUAAAAAGGAGCACUCGGAAGAGGUCAACGCCAAGGUCGUGGAUCAAUGCAAUGUGGAAAGAAUAAAUUAGGAGAAAUGGCAUAGUCAAUUCAAGAACCUGAGUAAUACUUAAAAGAUGGCUGCGUAAAGGCGUGUAUGUUUAAGAUGCUUUGAAAAUAUUGAGAGAAUGAAGCCUCAAAGGAAACGUAUGAAACUUAACCUAUGUUUUUGUAAGUCACUGUUUUCAAGCGUUUGGAAUUCUUCGGCGACUUCAGAAAGACGCGUUUUAAAUAUGAGUGAUACUCAGUCCAUUUAACAAUCUAAUUCCUCUUCAGAAGAGAAAAGAGGAAAAGCAAAACAAAAAGAAAAGAAAAAGAAAUUUGCUUGCAUUUUGAUUUUUUAGAACUAAAAAAUCAUAAUACCAAUGCAACCGUGCAAACCAACACCCUUCUGUAACAGACCCAGUGGAACACACAAUGAAACCCUACCCUACCCAGUGAUAUUUUGGCCUCUUCGGUGUCUGACAAAUAGUUUGUUACUACCUGGCUAAUAUUUUGCUUCCUCGGGCACUUUCUAUUGUGACUUCUACAAAAAAAGUACACAUCUGAGGGAUGCAGGUACUUGAUAUUGCAUAAAAAAGUGCAAAUCGUUUAAUUAGUUAUUCUACCUACAGCAAUAUGUAAAAGGUUUUCAAAGGUUUCAUACCGGUAGGGAUGUAAGGCCUGCCACCCCUUUUAGCUUUUAUGGGAGAUUCAAAACUAAGAAAAACAGAAAAAUAAACCAACCUGGUGACGUUUUCUCCCAGAACCCGGUGAAGAUAUAGAUUCCACUGGGUCUGUUACACAGGGGUGUAAAGUGCGCACGAUUUUCUCACCCGCUCAAAGUAACACCAAAACGAUUCUUAGUAAACUAAUUUUUUGGCGCGUGUUGUAAACUGAGAACUUGAAAAGGGAGAUAAGCUAAUAAUGAUAACGAUAAUGAUACUGUACGAGAUAGUAUGGCGGCACCACAAGCUAGCCGAUAUAGCGUGAGUGGAAAUAUAUAUCUGGUAUAUUGAGCAUAGCCUAAAAGGAAUCUUUUUAGAACUAUGUAGUUAAUUCUUCAAGGUUGUAAAUAAAUAGAAAGCAAUGCUGAAAAAAAAAAUAUCAAGAAACCUUGAUCAAACAGUAGAAGCGAUUCCUUCUGGUUGGAUUUUGUCUAGGUGGGAUGGAAAACAAUUUAUUAAUAUUUAUUGAUGUCCAAGCCUUGCCAGUGCCAUUUUGUUACCCUUGUUUCUUCUCUCUAAUAAGAAGUAUGAAAAAUUAAGCUUGAAUAUCUGAGUCACCGGAGUCUAAAAAGGCAUAUUGUGUUUUUAUAUGGGUCGAUGAGAACCGAUGAUAACUGACAAGAGUGAUACAUUCACUUGGCAGUCACGUGGUAUAAACUGCUGUUCGGCUGAUUAUGCAAACCGUCUGUAUGGAAGAAAAACAUACACUGGAAAGCCCUUUAAAGAUUUUAUUGUUUUGGAAAUUUGAGAUAUUUUGACAGGACAUAUCGAUCGAUUCAGCAUGUGUAAGAAAACAUAUUGCAAUUUGUUUACCUUGUUUAUUGGUAUUUAAACACCUUUUAUUUCACUUGUUUAUAGCGCAGACAUUCUUCAAUCAAUCGACUCCAUUCAUCACAUAACUGUAAAAAAAACCAAAACGGAUUUGAGUCCCCGGUCAGGUUAAGCUAGAGAUGCCAAGGAGUAAAUUUUAGUUUUAGUCCGGCUUUGCUCAUGGUUUUAAAUCUUUCGUUCCUGUUUUUGGGAGUACUGUGUACUUCUGGUAAGUCCCUAGCCGACAAAGAUAUAUGACUGUAAAAACGUUAUAUUUUUAACAGCCCUGAUUCCACGUCAGAACUGAUAAUCAGGGAAACGAAUUAGGUGUAUAGCUAAUGUACACAGCAAGAAAAAAGGCUGCCCCCUUAAAGCGAGCGUCUUCGCAAAUACAGUUGUAUACACGUAACGCAUUUUAGUGUACUAACAAUUUUCAGUAUUUCAACACGUCCAUAUUUAUACGAAUGGUAGAUUGCAAUCAUUUAAAUAUUUAACACUAAGAAAUCUCUUAAAUAACUUUCAGUAAUCUUGAUAACACAUAACCUUUUUCUUUCAGGAAUCCGCAUAGUCUUCGGUAAGAUGAAAGUGUUUAUAGGCGAUCAUUAACUGCGUUUCUAACCCUGCCCCUGGCCAGCAGCAAGCUCUCCACGGAUGGUUGACACUCAAAAACUGUUUUUUCUAAAUAUCCCUUAGAAGUAACAAAUAUAGCCUUAAAUUUUCUGUAUCUUGAGGGCAGCUAAAAAUUUCAAAAUGACCGUUACAUUUAUAUACGAUUUUCGAAGCUUAUCUAACAAAUUGUUUUAUUCCCUACGAUUAUCUGAAGUUCAGUUUUUCCCAUUUCCCUCAAAAUUUAAACUAUAUUUCGUGGAAAAAGAAAAACUAUAAUUUUCCGAUUCAAAGAUGUGAUGGUGAGAGGAAUCAGAAAAGUUCUGAUACCUUAUUGCAUCUAAAAUUUUCUGUGGAAUAAUACUGUGGGCCUUUUUAUAUCGAAAAGGCUCAGGUUGCCCUUGGAUGACCGAACAGACAUAAAUUUACUAGCACCCCUUUGAGUUCAUUUCUGGACAAUCUACUAGUACUGUAUAUGGCCUAAAAACUCUUUUCAAUAUAUUUACGAGUAAGCCAUCGUUUGGUGCCCCUGAUGAAUAUUGUCGUGAUAGGUCACGCGCGGGUUACGCGCAAAAAGUGUGCAAAAGUAAACAGGAAGAAAUGAAAGGAGUCGAUCGUCCAAAUUCCCUCGCCUGUCGAAACUGAGCUUGCUUGCAUGCUAGAUAACAGCUCCCAAGAGAAGUAGCCAUUGCCCAAAUCACACACAAAGGAAUAUUCCCUUAUUCUAGAUUCCACUCUUAGAAUUUAAGGCUGAUUCACGGGGGGAUUCCAAAAAGUUUAAUUUUAUACGAGGAGGUUCCGCGCCCAUGUCCGACCCCAUUCGCUUUUAUUUACCUGGAAAAAUACAGCGUCACGUUUCGUAUACCUGCAAUUGACAAAUGCUAUCCCUUUCACAUUUCUAAUUUAGAACAUCUCUUUCAACCACUGUAAAUGCACUGCCUCACAAGUAUGAGUUAAUCGCAAAACCAGAACAAUUUCUCGUCUUUUUCUCAGCCAUGAAAUGCAUCUGUUACAUCUUUGAGCCUUUUUACCAACCAAAAUGACAAUUUUCCCCACCUUUUUCUAUAUCGUAUUUCAACAAGUGCAAUCUCUAUCUUUUCAAAUUCCUAAAGCCUGAAAAAGGUCUCCCUUUCGGGCGGAGCCUCCCCGUAUAGGCCAUUAUAGGGAUUAUCCACCUUCCUGAUGUCUAACACAUACUAGACGCCAGCAGAAGCACGGUUACUUGCCCCAGAACCUCUUUGAUAAAAUCAGGAAAAAAAUCAUUCUUAAUUCUAGAUGUUCUGAAUAUCAUUUGAGUGGGAGUAGGUGAGAAGGCUGACAGCUGAGGAUUGGCCAAAUUAUGCACUUACGCCCAUGUGAACGUUGUGUGAAAGAGCUGCUUUAUUGUGUUUCAGCUGAACACCUUCCGAAUGAAUAAAAGUGAGUGAAAGAGGUUUAAAGUCCUCAAGCCACUCAAGAUAUAACUACCUAAUUAAAUAUGCAUAUUUUGUAAAAUGCUAUUUAAACCGGUUUGCUUCCAUCAGUGAUCCUGAAAAGUGAACUUCAAAUGUGGCUCAAUGAAAAAAACACGUAAAACGCGAUUUCAAAUAACACGUGACAUCAAACAGUAGAAGCGAUUCCUUCUUGUUCGAUUUUGUCUUAGUGGGAUGGAAAACAAGUUAUUAAUAUUUAUUGAUUCCCAAGCCUUGCCAGUGCCAUUUUGUUACCCUUGUUUCUCCUCUCUAAUAAGAAGUAUGAAAAAUUAAGCUUAAAUAUCCGAGACACCGGAGUCUUUAAAGGCAUACUGUGUUUUUAUAUGGGUCGAUGAGAACCGAUGAUAACUGACAAGAGUGAUACAUUCACUUGACAGUCACGUGGUAUAAACUGGUGCUGUUAAGCUGAACCGACUGAAAGCGAGCUACACCUGAGAAAAACAAACAUGACAAAUAGAAAUAAAUCAAUAAAACUUGAAAUUUUCCCACAGAAGAACGUGAUUUCACACACAAAAUGUAUUCUAAUUAUGCAAACCGUCUGUAUGGAAGAAAAACAUACAUUGUGUAGAGGGGGACUUCUACAGACUUUAGGAUUACGUGAUAAGAGGUAACACAACCAGAGUUUGGCAGUUGACGAUGGUUUUAAUCUUUCCGUUGAAGUUACAAACUCCUCUUAGCUAUCUCGGAUCUUAAGGCAUAACUGAGAAGUUACUCACAAGAGGUUCUAUUUAUAUUGAACGAUUAAGUUAAAUGAUUUUUUUUACAGUUUUACAUGGCAUUCAUAUGCAAGGAAAAGGUGUUAGUUAGUGUCAGAGUUUAGAAAACAAAAGGAACUGAAAUUGACUUGAUUCCCGCUACGCGUGGAAGAAAUAUGCAAAACUAGAAAUAUCUCUAUACCCAAAUCCUUUACAGGGAACCAAAACGAUAGUUUGAAAGACACUUAAUCUUUCCAAGAUUGUGUCGAAAGAAAUUCUAGUUUGAGGUCAGAAAAGUAAGUGAAAUUUGGCUAAAACUGGUUUAACAGAGAACAAAGAACUCGAAAGGUGUUAGGACUCGUGGCCUUAGGUUAGAUUUUAAUGAGAUAAGGAAAUCUGAUUAUGAUUCAAGUUUGAAAGCGAAAGUGAGAACCAACUCCAGGUUUAAGUAAACGAACUUCGUUAACAUGAAACGCUUAUUUUCCCAUUCCACAGCUGAAUACAUCUACCUAUUUCUAUCUUUUGAACUUGUUUCUGUGUUUCUGAAUAAGCUUGAAGAGGUGUUUCUUAACCUCAGUUAAACCUUUAGUUAAUGUUGUGAAAGACUGAGACUACACUUAUGAUGUUUUCUGCAAGUACCGUGCGUCCAACUUCUAUUUUUGAUUGAUCCCAACACCAAAGAGGUCGGUGCAAAAAUCUUUUAGCAAAGGACUUGACUGACCAGCAAAGAUUUGCUACUAAAAUCUAAAGUGUAUCCAGCUGUUGUGACAGCUUGUAAACACCAUCCUUUGUCCCUUAACAAAAGCUAUUUGAGAUAUGGUGGAACUUUUGAUUUCUGAACCGAUCUAAAAACAAAUUUAUUUAUAUAAUAUAUAUCCCUGAAUAAAGUUAAAAUGCCCAACACCGAAAUAAAUAGAAUAAACUGAAUAAAUAUUAAUGAUUACGAAGAGAAGCGCAUACAAUAAAGCAGACUGAGCAAAAAUGUACCCGGCUAACAAUUGGAAAGUCCUUUAAAGAUUUUAUUGCUUUGGAAAUUUUGACAUAUUUUGACAGGACAUAUCGAUCGAUUCAGCAUGUGUAAGAAAACAUAUUGCAAUUUGUUUAUGUUGUUAAUUGGUAUUUAAACACCUUUUAUUUCACCUAUUCACCUGUUCAUAGUGCAGACAUUUUUCAGCCAAUCGACUCCAUUCAUUAAAUAACUAUAAAAAGACUUAAACGGACUGGAGUCUCCGGUCAGGUUAAGCUAGACAGGCCAAGGAGUAUAUCCUAGUUUUAGUCCGGGAUUGGUCAUGGUUUUAAAUCUUUCGUUCCUGUUUUUGGGAGUACUGUGUACUUUUGGUAAGUCACCCAUAACAAAGACAUUUAACCAUGAAAUUGUCCUCAGUGUAAGGGACUUUUUAACGUUAUUUUAUAUGCACUGAGAGGAUAACAUCGCGCGCAAUGACCAAGGCUAAAACAGUUAGAGAAGACUUUCAGUCAACUGCUCUUUGGUCGACUGAUGAUGAUGAUGAUAUACACUGAAGCCUGACUUCUCAAGGGAAAACUCGUUACAGUUUACACUUGCUGACAAAGAUAAAUGACUGUAAAGCCGUUAUAAUUUUUAACCGCCCUGAUUCCACGUCAGAACUGAUAAUCAGGGAAACGAAUUAGGUGUAUAGCCAAUAUACAGAGCAGGAAAAAGACUGCCCCCUUAAAGAGAGCGGCUUCGCAAGUAUACACGUAACCCAUUUUAGUGUACUAACAAUUUUCAAUACUUAAACAUGUGCAUAUUUACACUACUGGUUGAUUGCAAUCAUUUAAAUAUUUAACACUAAGAAUCUCUUAAAUAACUUUCAGUAAUCAUUAUAAUACAUAAUCUUUUUCUUUCAGGAAUCCACAUAGUCUACGGUAAGAUCAUGUGAAAGUGUUUACAGGCGAUCAUUAACUGUGUUUCUAACCCUGCCCCUGGCCAGCAGCAAGCUCUCCACGGAUGGUUGGCACUCAAGAACUGUUUUUUCUAAAUAUCCCUUAGAAGUAACAAAUAUAACCUUGAAUUUUCUGUACCUUGAGGGCAGCUAAAAAUUUCAAGAGAUGACCGUUACAUUUAUAUACGAUUUUCGAAGCUUAUCUAACAAAUUGUUUUAUUCCUUACGAUUAUCUGAAGUUCAAUUUUUCCCAUUUCCCGGUUUGCUUCCAUCAGUGAUCCUGAAAAGUUAACUUCAAAUGUGGCUCAAUAAGAAAAACACGUAAAACGUGAUUUCAAAUAACACGUGACAUUGCUUCGUUAGUGACGUCACAGAGCACGUUUUCCUUAACGGGGGAGGGUUCCAAACCUUAGUCUUGGGAAUUUUCACCACCAAACUGUUACAUAAACAGUGUAAAUCGUAAAUCGCCUUGUGUGGUUGGAAAUUAGCAGUUUUGCUAAUUAACAAGUCACACGACCCUUUUUUUCCUUUAUUUACAGAUUCCUAUAUAGCGUAACACACAUACAAGGCGAAUUUUUCAGCACCUUUUAAUAGCCUCUAAAAUGUACCUAAAAGAACUUGUUGCUCUUUUAUUAUCCUUUCCCCAUAGUAAAUAUUUUGACCGUCAAUUCUCGUGACGCAAAUUUGAACUCGUAAAAUGUCUCACAUUGCUAAUGCCAUUAAGCUUCAUUAGUAUUCCAAUUUUCAGGAUCAAUAAUAGAAACAAACCGUUCUAAAUAGUAUUUUCUCAAAAUAUGCAUAUUUAAUUAGGAAGUGAUGCCUUAAGGUGGCUCGACUGGUUUUUUUUUGGAGGAUACCUCCCAAGUUUGAGCAUUAACUACGUCAGCAUGAGUAAAGAUAUGGGAAAAAGGUUGCACAACUGUCUUAUAUAAAGUUGAAAAUUUCUUAUGAUGUGGGUUUUAUUGCAAUCGAAGUCGUCAUGGCAACGUAAUGACCCCAUUACGUUUUUUACUUAUCUUUGUGUUUCUCUCUACUAGGAGUUUUUUUGAGAAAUCGCUUAAAGGAGUAUGUACCUGCCAUAAUUGACUCAAUUAUGGCAAAGUUUCAACAAAUUCUAUGAGAGCGUUUUGGAAAUAUUUUGAAACAAAGUUUUAAGAAUCAUAAAAACAGUGAAAUAGCAUGCUAUCCACACAAUUAGCUAAUAUGUUAAAAAAAUGACAAGCUUUGGAACCUUUGCUUCAUCUCAUAGGGGUUUGAUUCCUUUGAAAACUGCGUACAAAAAAGAGGGGAAUUGCUCAGGGCGAUCACAAGUUAGCAGAAUUUUAUUAACUUGCAUUCAGCUGCUUUUGUCACAGUUUUUGCACGUAAUUUGGUCCAUGCCUAUAAAUUCCGCAUUAUUCAAAACACCGCUUGAUAACUCAAUCCAUUGUAAUUAUACGUAAACUCUGAACAAAACAUUUUAUUACAUAAGGUUUCCACCUCUACGUUAGGUCAAGCCCUCUUGUUGCCGCUGCCAUGCCAUUAACGCUGAUCAAUUCAUAGCUCUGUAAGGGUUUAUCAUUUUACUAGCAAAAAAAUGACAGUUGUCAACUGAUACGUUCUGAGUACCUCUGAGCACUCUAUGCAUCUCGGAUAAUUGUCCCACGCAUUCCUGAUGUUGUAAAUGACGGUAAAACAUGUAUCCUGUAUUUAGCUUCCUUUGGGGGUGAAGGUUUGAAGGCUCACAACAAGUACCGCUGGAUCCAUAAUGCACCAGCCAUGAGGUUGAAUGACGAUAUGAGCCAGCAGGCCACAGCUUAUGCCGGGCGGCUUGCACGCAUGGGCAAACUUCAGCACUCCAGUUCCAGUGAGAGGCCAGGUCAAGGCGAGAACCUUGCUAUGUUAUGUGGCUCUGGAGGCCUCUCGGCGCAAAGAACUAUUGAGAUGUGGUGGGUAUUUUGAUGCUAAUAUACAUUUUUCAUACUACACAUUCUACAUGUACAGGAAAGGAAAGUAUUACACCUUUAGGCGCGUUCUAGAAGUCUGCACAUCGUUAUUGCGCAUGUCAUUCUUUCGCAAGGUCUCGCCACUCUAUCCAUCGGAAAAGAGUCGUAAAAAUCAAAGUUUUGUCCCGAUAUUUUUAUUUCAUCCAGCAGACUACCAUUAUGGAAGUGUUCAGACUGAAUUCGUUUUAAAGGGGGAAAAAUUUGAUUUGCCCUUCACAGUUCUCAUUAAUAGUAUGCCUUAGCGGUUUAGAUCAGUGUCGGCGCCCGCGCGUAUUAUACACUAAACAGAAAUGCAGUAAAACACCAAACCGAUUGUGAAAAUCAAUUGACCACGUUCUCUUGGAGUGUCCGACGGACAAUUUUGCAGAGAGGAUAGAAGUUUCUUUUUCUUAAAAGUCGACUUUUAGGCUUUGCAAACAAUACAAACGAGAAUUUCAGCUAUGAAGGGUCCUAAAACGCGAAUGCUAACCUUCAAAUAAUAACUCUGAACUUCUGAAAUGGUUGGUUUGCGGUUAGAUUUAAGGCUGAUAUGUUGGUUACUAGUAAGAACAAGCGUAUCUCUUCACUAAGCGACUUUUUGUACGCAAGUUCUACACAUGACCUCCAACAUGGCCGUUUAGUCACCUGUUAGCAAGCCAAGGAGGCAUCAACGACACUACAAAAGUCACGAAAAAUAUGAGAAUCUCGACAAAUCUCAUGGCUGUCGCAAAAAUAUAUUAAUGGAUUUUUAAAAAAUUUCACUUACGCAAGGGCAUCACAAAAAAACCAAAAAAGGACUUUCUUUCUAAACGUACGACUGUGCUAAACUAUAUUUUCAGAGGUAUAGAGAAGUGUGUGAGUUCAACUUUAACAAUCCCGGAUGGGAUUAUCGCACUGGGCACUUUACCCAGGUGGUGUGGAAAAAGAGUGUGGAGCUGGGAAUAGGAAAAGCAGUCUCAAGAGGGUGUACCUAUGUGGUUGCCCGCUAUAAGCCUGCAGGAAACGUGCUGAACAACUUCAGGCAAAAUGUUGCAAAGGGAAGGUUUAGUACGAGCUAUUGUCGUCGUGGUUGA